AUGAUAAGAAAAUUCACCUCUCAAAUUAAAGUUUCUUCUAUUUCUGAUAUCAAAAAUACUUUACCCAGUUGGAAUAUAGCUCAUGAUGCUUCUGAGCUUAGUAAAACAUAUCGUUUUCAAUCUUACACAGAUGCAUGAGACUUCUUCCAUCUUGUAAGUAAAGUUGCUGCACAAAACAAAUGUCCACCAUCAUGGUCAUUUUCUAAUUUAAACGUUAAUGUGAAAUUUCCUCCUGAAGAGCACCAAGAUCUUACACUCGGCCAAGUCCGUUUAGCAAUGUUUAUGGACAAAGCUCAAGAACACAUACAAUCUGAUCGUAAUUUUAAUUAA